AUGGCAGGAUCAGAAGAGAAGAAAAAAGCAGAGGAGAGAAGAGGCGAGAUGGAGUGGGUGUGUUGCCUAGCAACAGGCCCAAAGACCUCCUCGCCAUGACGAUGGAUCGAUGGCAGGACAGACAUAGAAAUAGACACUUAGUAGAUCACCCUAACCAACAGAAUAGACAUAGAAAUAGAAACAUAGAUUACCCUAGCCCCAUAGAACCGACAUAGAAAUAGACACAUAGAUCGUAUUCUGGUAUCAUUUAGCCUAUGCUUGACAUUAUGAAGGCCUAACAUAAAUAUAGGAGCCUGCACUUGAGGAGUUACAUUACAGUUAGUUAGAUAUUUGUGGCUUUUUUAGCAAUAAUACAAUUAUGGCCAGCAUCCUGUCCAGAGUGUUGUACUUGCUCAUGCAAUAGAAACAGGAGAUAGGCUGCUGCCCUAUGGGCCAUUCUGGCUUGGAUAAGGCUUACUACUACUAUGAAAGAAUGAACAACACAAAUGCCCCUCUGACGCCAGCAUGAUGUUGACGCAGUAAUGUGUGUAUGUGGCAGUGUGAAAUACGAGCACUGCAGUACAUUUAUAAGUAACGCAGGCUUUUUAGCUCUCUCGCUUUCUCGAUCUCUCUCUUUCUCGAAUCUCUCGAUGCUGCGAGUAGAUAGCGGUCGAGAGUAGCGAGAUAGAGAGAGAGCGGCGAGAGAGCGGAGAGAGGAGGGAGGAGCGAGAGAGAAUGGAGAGAGAGAGAGGGAGAGAGAGGAGAGGAGAGAGGGAGAGAGGAGGAGAGAGAGAGAGAGCCGGUCGGGCGAGAGGAAAGAGAGGUGAGAGAAGGAGGAAGCAAGAGCGGAGCGUACGAGAGAGGACCGCUCGAGAGGAGAGGGAGAGAGAGAGAGAGACUAGCGAGAGAGAGAGGGAGAGGGAAGCUCUAGGAACGAGUUCAUCCGAUCUCUUCCUCUCGACUCGAGAUCUGCUGAUCCAUCUAUCUCGCUCUCUCUCUCUAUCUUAUCUCUCUAUCGCGAUUCUCAUCUUCUCUCUCCCUCUCUCUCUCUCUCCUCUCUCUUCUAUCUCUCAUCUUCAUCUCUUCUCUCUCUCUCUUCUCUCUCUCUCUAUACCUCUCUCUCUCUCUACCUCUCUCUCUUAUCUCCACAUUGAUCUCUGUCAAUCCCCUCUCAGACACAGUGACUUGGCUCAGCAGAGCAAUCAAUUCUUUAGGACCUGACUCACUUAGCUUAUCUAGGGCUGUAGCAGCAAUAUUAGUAUGUUGUGUCUGUCCUAAAAUGUAGCUUACAGAGUAGAAACAUUGUUGUUGUCAUCAUUUCUGGGUUGAAACAACAUUGUGUACACCUUGUGUUGUAAAUGUAAAGUCAUCCAUUGUAUGAUGAAUUGUAUUCUAUAGCUUGUUUGUGUCAUGUCUUAAAGUCACGUGUUCUAGUUGAGUGAUACUGUACAGCCCUACUACCUUAUAAAUCAUGCAUGUCUCUACUCUCUCUAUCAGCCACUCUGUCUUCCAGUAAUGUUAUUUAUAAACUGGCCUCACCUUGUUUUACAAAGUCAUCCAUGUUGAAUGAAGAACGGCCACAGUUUUUCUGGACCACCUUACCAGAAAAACCUCCAGGGCCCCUAGUUAGCCCAUAACUAGAGUUUUCCCUGGUCAGGAAUAAAAAUGUGGGCCUUAGUGAAGUAUUUCAAGCUUGUUCACCUUGUAUUACAAAUGUUGUCCAUUUUUGAUUAUGUCACUGUGAAAUCCUCCCAUACUGACCUGUGUUGACCCCUGUCUGUCCCCUCUCCAUUUCCCCUCCCCAGCUGAUCAGUGAUGGCAGCUGUGUGUACGCCGAGGCCCUGUGGGACCAUGUCACCAUGGACGACCAGGAGCUGGGCUUCAAGGCGGGGGACGUCAUCGAGGUAGUGGAUGCCACCAACAAGGAGUGGUGGUGGGGACGCAUCCUGGACAGUGAGGGCUGGUUCCCAGCUAGCUUUGUUCGGGUAAGAAACUAACUCUCCAUAUCUCCUCUCUCUCUUCUUCUGUCUCUUUCUCUCUCUCUUUUUCUCUCUCCAUCUCUCUGGGAAACUGAAGACAACAGAAAUGAACUACUCUUUCUCUUGCCUAUCUUUGAUAUCUAUUUUUGCUGCUAUAGGGUUGGAAGGGGUGCUAGAGCUGUUGUCAGCUAUUUGGGGCAACUGUGAAGCAUUAGCUCAUUUUAAAAUACAAAGAUGUUUUUCUUUUUUUAAUGCUGACAUAUUUCCUUACUUGCUAAAUGAAUGUUUGUACAUUUUCUCAGUUGAUCCACAUAGGUAGCCUAACUGAAAAAUAAGACAGUAUAAGAAAUGUUUGUAGCAUCUAAACUUUAGUGAUCUGUUAGUGAGGGUAUUCUAUAACAAUGACCCUUUCUCCUUGGUCCCUGUAGUUGCGUGUGAACCAGGAUGAGCCAAUGGAGGAGUACCUAGCCCAGCUGGAAGAGGCUGGUGCUGGGGAAGAGGACCGGCCAGGGGUGGGUCUGAUCCUGGGACCAGGCCUGCCAUGUAAGGACCAGAUGAGGACUAACGUUAUCAAUGAAAUCAUGAGUACAGAGAGAGACUACAUCAAACACCUCAAAGACAUCUGUGAGGUCAGUAAAGUUCUGUUCAGACAACAACACUGUCUGUCUGUAGACCCUUUCCUUUGAUACAGGCCAUUAUAGGACUUAUAACCCAUUUGCAUCAAAAACACCCAGAAGAAUCCGCCUCUUGUCUCUAAAUAACAUCAAAAUGCAUCACACCAGCCUUUGUGCCAUCAUAACUUGUUAGGAGCACAGUUAUUCAGACCAGCACACAAUACAUUGUAUUUCUGAACAAUACCACUUGUCCAAUAAGACAAAACAUAUUCUUAAGUUUUAACUUGGUUAUUUCUGGGAAUUCUUAACAUGUAAAAUCAGAUAUAAGUCUGUUCUACAUGUGGUAACAUGAGUCUACUGUUCCUCUCUCAGGGUUACAUCAAGCAGUGCCGUAAGAGGAUAGACAUGUUCACAGAGGAGCAGCUGCGGUGUAUCUUCGGCAACAUCGAAGACAUCUACCGCUUCCAGAAGAAGUUACUGAAAGGUCUGGAGAAGAAGUUCAACAAGGAGCAGCCGCACCUCAGCGAGAUCGGAUCCUGCUUCCUCGAACACGUGAGUAUUGUACAGCACACAACCCACUGUGACUCUUCACCUGACUUCUGUCAUAUGGCCUGCAUAAUGCUACAUAAUGCUAUCAUAAACAUGACAUAACAUGACGUAAUAGGGGAAAUGAAGUCUGCUUAAUAGAUAAUUACUGUAUUAUUAUACACACUUUUUGUUGGGGAUUCAAGUCAAGCAACCUCUCUAGAGCCCAAACAUUCAUGUAACAUUCCAGCAACCAUCAAUUUCGCCAUUUUAAACCACCAUUUUAAACCACUAUUUCAAACCGCCAUUUCAAACUGCCAUGUUAACAUUUCCUGUCUCCUCCUCAGCAAACAGACUUCCAGAUCUACUCGGAGUACUGUAACAAUCACCCAAACGCCUGUGUGCAGUUGUCCAGACUGAUGAAGACCAACAAGUAUGUGUUCUUCUUCGAGGCCUGUCGUCUGCUCCAGAAGAUGAUUGACAUCUCGCUGGAUGGGUUCCUGCUCACGCCCGUCCAGAAGAUCUGCAAGUACCCUCUGCAGCUGGCCGAGCUACUGAAAUACACCAACCCCCAGCAUAGGUAAACACACACACGUGUACUAUGCACACACACAAGGAGCUGCACGUAUUCCUUCUUAUCUGCAAAUGUAACUCUCUCUGAAAUUGCUGAAAUGUCUUUUAAAAAUCUGACACUGAUAGCAUAUUAGUUGUAUUUAGUUCAAAAGCUAUUAUAAGUCUAUCAUUAGCCAAUAACAAUCAUGUAAGGCAGAGAGGGCCUGAUGUGUUGGUCUGUUCUGGGCCACCCAGGGACUAUAAGGACGUGGAGGCUGCCUUGAACGCCAUGAAGAACGUGGCCAGGCUGAUCAAUGAGAGGAAGCGGCGCUUGGAGAACAUAGACAAGAUCGCCCAAUGGCAGAGCUCCAUAGAGGACUGGGAGGUGAGUAACAGUGCAUCAUGGGUCAUGGAACAGAAUCCAUGACUAAGGCCAGGAGGUUUUCCUGACCAAGUGACUUGAUCUAAAAGAAACGCCUGAUGUCAUGUUGCCAGGACAAACACAUGGCUCUAGAUAUACAAUACAACUUUGUUGGCUGAACAAUCUCUGUCUGUCAUAUGUCUGCAGGCUCUAACAAAUGUUUAUUGUGUGUUUGAACAUCCUCAGGGAGAAGACAUCCUCAGUAUGAGUUCAGAUCUGAUCUUUUCUGGAGAGCUGACGAAGAUCUCCCAGCCUCAGGCCAAGAGCCAGCAGCGCAUGUUCUUCCUCUUCGACCACCAGAUGGUCUACUGCAAAAAGGUGAGCAGCACUGUUAAAAACGAUUGUAAUGUGGUCAUGAAGCUAGUUAGGGUUAGGGUUGAGGCUACGGUUGUGAUUGAAUCGGAAUGUGGACAUUAAGCUAGGGUUACGGUUAGUUUCCAGGUAGAACGCUUUUGGGUUCCAUGUAGAACCCUCUGUGUUAAAGAUUUUACAUGGAACCUCAAAAAGUUAUACCCGGAACCAAAAAGGGUUCUUCAAAGGGUUCUCCUAUGGGGACAGCCGAAUAACCCUUUUAGGUUCUAGAUAGAGUGUAGGGUUAAGGUUAGGAAGUGGGUUAGUACCAGUUCUCUCCCCCCCUAUAGGACCAUGAUGUACUAUAAGGGUUAGGGUUAGUAACAGUAGUAUAUAACAGUAUUAUCACGUAUCCCUAUGGUUCUUUCAGGACCUCCUGCGCAGGGACAUGCUUUACUAUAAGGGUCGCAUGGACAUGGACCUGAUGGAGGUGGUGGAUGUGGAGGACGGUAAGGAGAAGGACUUCAACGUGUCAGUGAAGAACGCUCUGAAGCUGCGCUCGCUGGCGGGGGAUGAGGUCCACCUGCUGUGUGCCAAGAAGCCUGAGCAGAAACAACGCUGGCUCCGAGCCUUCCAGGACGAGAGGACGCAGGUGCAGCAUGACCUCGAAACAGGUGAAACAGUUAUCCGUCUCUCUAUCUGACAUGUCAUCAUUGUGCGCCACAGUUUGAAAAAGGACCCAUUCUUACUUAGCUAAAGCAACUCAGCCAUGCAGAAUGAGUAGAAACACUGAUAGGAUACUAGGAUACUAUAAUGAACUGCUGACCUGUAGUAUUACUAGUCAGCUGUAUGAAGCCACUGGGUGUGUUUCUUUUCCUAUUAGUAAAACAUGAGCUGUGUCCUCCUGUCUCUCUCUGCCCCAGACUACUGCUGCAUUAAUAGUUUGCGAUAAACGUUUCUGACAGUGGCUCCGGUCAGAGAAUCAGGAAAGAGAAGGGUAUGUGUAAUAGGUAGCAGCUAAUGGAUCAGAAUGUCAUUAAUCCCUCAGAUAAAAGGACCCAUAAAUCAAUUUUAGCUGCCCCCUUCGCUUCUCUGCCAUAGUCUCUGGGUUUUAUCUGGGCUGUAACAGAGCAUGCGGAUAUUACCGAAACUUCAUCCAACAAUCUGGCCUUCUGUUAUUCUGUUCCCUCUGAAAAGCUGGGUAUUGAUGGGUGGCACUGGCAGAAUGAAUCUGUGAUAUCCACAUUGACCUGUGACCUAUGUGGUUUCCUCCUCCAGGAUUCUCCAUCACUGAGGUCCAGAAGAAACAGGCCAUGCUGAACGCCUGCAAAAGCCAUCCAGCUGGGAAGCCCAAAGGUAUGUCUGGGUAGUGUAGUCCUUAGGGGGUUAGACUGAAUAUGGGUACAUGGCAAGAAAACUCAAUUUCCUUGGCUGUGUGGAUGGGUAAUGAAUUAAUUGUUGUGCGUGUUUAUUUUUUUAUAUAUUUUUUUUAAGAUUACAUGUUUGGCAAUAUUUAUACAAAUGUUGUUUAUCAUGUGUGCUUAAUAUUCAUAAAAAACACUUUAGAUUAAAAUGCACUCGUAAUCACCCCCCCAUUCUGCCUAUCUACAUUUAUAACCCCUAGUCUCUUCUCACAGCCUUAACAUUAACAUGUCAAACAUUUAGUAGCUGAUUUGAUUCUGGGUGCCAUGAUUACUAACCCCUCUCUGUUCUCCUCUCCUCCAGCAGUGACCCGGCCCUACUAUGACUUCCUGCUGCGUCAGAAGCACCCGUCUCUGCCCAGCACCGUACCCCAGCAGCAGGUCUUCAUGCUGGCUGAGCCCAAACGCAAGGCAACCACCUUCUGGCAAAACAUCGGCAGACUGACACCUUUCAAGAAGUGA